AUGGCGUCGCCUACGCCUUCCGACAAGAAGUCUGACCCUGCGGAGACUACGCCUGACCACAACUCUGACGGCUAUGGAAAGGGAGAAAUUGCUUACAUCGAUGCGGCCGAAACGACGCUAGAGUCGUUCUCGCAUCUCGAUGAGAAGAAGAUUCUGCGCAAGAUGGACCUUCGACUAAUUCCGUUACUCGCCCUUCUCUACCUGCUAUCUUUCCUCGACCGUGGAAAUAUCGGAAACGCCAAGAUCGAGGGCCUUCAGGAAGAUCUCAACAUGAAGCCCGAUCAGUACAAUUGGUGCCUCACGGUCUUCUUCUUCACCUACGCCGCGUUCGAAGUCCCUUCAAAUCUACUUCUCAAGAAACUCCGCCCGAGCAUUUGGCUUCCUACUAUCAUGGUCGCAUGGGGAGUCGUGAUGACUCUGAUGGGCAUCGUGAAGAAUUAUCACGGGCUACUAAUUGCACGUAUCUUCCUCGGCGUCACAGAGGCCGGAUUGUUCCCCGGUGUUGCGUACUAUCUCACCAUGUGGUACUGCCGUCACGAAAUUCAAUUCCGCCAGGCCCUAUUCUUCUCAGCCGCCUCCAUUGCCGGUGCCUUCAGCGGUCUCCUCGCCUUCGCCAUCGCCAAGAUGGACGGAAUCGGCGGACUAGAGGGCUGGCGCUGGAUCUUCAUCCUCGAGGGCAUCGCCACCGUUCUCGUCGCAAUCAUGUCCUUCUUCGCCCUUCACGACUUCCCAGAGACGGCGAAAUUCCUUACCGAGGAGGAGCGUGCGUUCGUCGUUUACCGCUUGAAAUAUCAGAGCCAGAUCAGAGGUCAGGAACAGGAUGGCCACGUCCGUGUCCCUGAGGCCGAUGAGUUCAAGUGGGCGUAUGUAUGGAGCGCGUUCAAAGACUGGCAGCUUUGGGUUAACAUCUUCGUCUACUGGGGUAUUGUCUGCCCUCUCUACGGAAUCAGCCUCUUCCUUCCAACCAUCAUCCGAAGUCUCGGAUACACGAGCAGCAAAUCUCAGCUUAUGACCGUUCCUAUUUAUGUCACGGCCGCCAUUCUGGCAGUGAUAGUCGCCUGGACUUCGGACCGCGUUGGAAAGAGAAGUCCCUUCAUCAUUCCACUUCUGUGCGUCAUGCUCGUUGGUUUCGCCAUGUGCAUCUCCACUAGCAAUCCCAAGGUAGUCUACGGUGGUGUCUUUAUCGCAGCCUGUGCCAUCUACCCAGCCUUCCCCGGCUGUAUCGCCUGGCUUUCGAACAACUUGGCCGGCAGCUACAAACGAAGCGUGGGGAUGGCGCUUCAGAUUGGUAUUGGUAAUCUUGGCGGUGCCAUGGCUUCCAACUUUUACCGACAAAAGGAUGCUCCUCGAUAUAUUACCGGACACGGCUUGGAGCUUGGCUUCAUCUGCGCCGGCAUUCUUGCCUGCCUCAUCCUCAUCUUUGGAUACAGUCGCAGCAACAAGAGUCGUGAGAGGCAAAUGGCCGCGGGGGUGGCUGACCAGUUUACGACUGAAGAGUUGUCGGCGAAGGGUGAUAAGGCUGUGACCUGGAGAUAUAUGUACUAA